CAGAAGGAGCGAUCCGGGCUCGGGGUGAGCCCAUCCCCCGGCAGCACCGGCCCGCCGGGACGGGAUCCCGAGCAAAUCCUCCCCCCCGCUCCGGCCGCGCACCCCGCGGGAGCUGCGGCCUCCCCGGCCCGCCGGGAUUUGGGGAAGGGGGGAUCAGCCCGUGGAGUGACAGAGACCCGAGCCGCGAGGUGACGGGCGGAGGAGGCGGCUGAGGAUGCGAGGAUGGCAGAUCCGUGCUCGGGAUGCCCGCAGCGCUCCCGCCUCGCACAUCAUCCCCGCCCCAUCACCCCCGGAGGUGAGGGGGAUUCCCCAAGGGAAAACGGGAGGUAGAAGGGAAGUGUUUGUGCCUCAAAAAGGAGUAUUCCAUAUUUUUUUUAUAUAUACAUCACCCGGCUCCAGCGCUACCAGAGCUCCCGUUGAAACUCCCAGCGGAGAGGAGAGAUUCCUGCUGGGAAUUCUCUCCGGCGACACCCUCGGGAGGGGGGACGGAGGGCGGGCAAAGUUCGGCUCCUAUAAAGUCAGGUCUGGUCCUCUCCAUUCAUUCCCCUGGCAGCACGGCCGGCAGCAGCACGUCCAGCCUGGGCAGAAAAUCUGGGAGCGAAUCCUGCCCCGGAGCCGGUGGAGAUUGCUGCGGGAUGCCGAGGGGAGCGAUGCCGGGGGCGCUGCGGGGCUUCGGGGCCGCCCUCACCUGCCUGCAGCUCCUGCUGCUGCCCGCGGCCGUGGAUCCCCGGCCCCACGCGUGGCAGCAGGACAGGCUGCAGCUGGAAGCCGUCAAGAAGGAGCUCCUGGAGCGGCUGGGAAUGCCGGCUCCCCCCGUUCUCCGCCGCCCGCUGGACCAGGAGAGCAUCCAGAGAGCGCAGCGCCUCUACCAGCAGAAAGUGGCGGAGCUGGCGGGGAACCGCAGCCGGGAGGAGGAGGAGGAGGAGGAGGAGGAAGAGGAGGACGCCGUGAGCAGGACCCGGCGGCUGCACCGCCUGACCCCCACCUUGCUGGACAUCCCCGAGAGCCAGCGGGACUCUCAAGGCCACCGGGACGCGCCGGGACACCGGGAGCCCCGCGGUCCUUACCGCUACCACCUCCUGCUGUCCCGCAGCGCGGAUUUCCACCGGCAGCUCCGCGUGGUGCGGGCGGAGCUGAAACUCUCCGAGCAGCCACCCGAGGACACCGAGGAGCCACCGCGGGUCAGCAUCUCCAUCCCGCGGGGGGCUGAGGGCAGCAGGCGGCGGCUCCGGCGGCUCCGGGAGCUGCGGGGGGAUUCCCGCAGCCUGGACCUCACCGGGGCGCUCCAGCUCUGGGUGGCCGGGCCCGAGCCCACCCUGCUCCUGCGGCUGGACUCCAGCUCAGCCCUGGGCACCUCCGCGGGGAAAACGCCGGUGCUGGAGGUGGAAACGCUGGAGAAACCGGCCCGGGCAUCCCGGAGAGCGCGGGGGCUGGAGGAGGAGUGCGGGAAGAGCGAUGGGAAGUGCUGCCUGAAGUCGCUGAAGGUCUCCUUCCAGGACAUCGGCUGGUCGGACUGGGUGAUCGCCCCCCACAGCUACUACAUGCGGUUCUGCGAGGGGUCCUGCCCCCACAACUACAAACCGGCCAGCAUGCACGCCCAGAUCCAGUCCCGGGUGCACUCCCUGUCCAAGGCCGCCCCUCCGCCCUGCUGCGUCCCCGCAGGCUACGACCCCAUGGUGCUGAUGCACCUGGACAGCGAGGGCAGGCUGGUGUCCAGCCUCUUCCAGGACAUGCUGGUCACCAGGUGCCACUGUGCCUGACCACAGCGCUGGCGGCUCCAGCGGGGAUGUGGCACCAGCCAGGCGGGGCAAAGCCAUCCCGACUCCAAAAUCCAGGUCCUGGGGCACCAAGUGACUCCUCACCAGCCAUGGACCCACCACCAAGCUCAGCCAUGGGGUCUCCAGCUCCAGCAUCCCAAAAUCCUGUGGCACAGAGUGAUUUCACACCACCCCUGGAUCCACCUGAACUCAGCCAUGGGGUGUCCAACAUCAGCAUCCCAAAAUCCAGAUCCUGCAGCACCAAGUGACUCCUCACCUGCCCUGGAUCCACCUGAGAUCAGCCAUGGAGUCUCCAGCUCCAGCAUCCCAAAAUCCUGGUCCUGUGGCACCAAGUGAUUUCACACCAGCCCUGGAUCCACCUGAGCUCAGCCAUGGGGUGUCCAACAUCAGCAUCCCAAGAUCCUGUGGCACCAAGUGACUUCACACCAGUUCUGGAUCCACGUGAGCUCAGCCAUGGGGUGUCCAACAUCAGCAUCCCAAAAUCCAGGUCCUGCAGCACCAAGUGACUCCUCACCAGCCCUGCCUCUGCUCUGCCCCUCAGCCCUGGGGUCUCCAGCUCUGCCCCAGCUCAGCCCCAGCAUCUCCAGUUGUGAACUCUCCCAAAAAACAACUUAUCCCCCUGUCUCUUCUCUAAUUUAAAAUUUAAAUAUUGUAUUGAGCAAGCAAAUCCAUCCCACCCAAGAGACCCCCCAUGGGCCAGGGUGGGUCCGUGCCCAGGUGUCCAUAUCCCACUCCAAACCUCUUCUGUCUCAGAGACUUAUUUAUGCACCCAGUUAUUUAUUUCUAACUUAUUGCAUUUUAUAGCAAAAUAUCCUUUU